UCUCUCUCUCUCUCUCUCUCUCUCUCUCCUUAUUUUUAAUUCUCUUAGAGUUCUAACCCUUACAGGGAUAAUCUCUUAUUAGGCUGAGGAGACUUUCCAAAGUACUCUCUCUAGCUCUUAUAGGGGCACUCUCUAACUUGGCUGAGGAACAUUAGGUUGAGGAUUCCCUUUGCUGAGAAGAUUUUACAGGGUACUCUCUUUGAUCUUGAUAGGUACACUCUCUGACUUGGUCGAAAAGACUUGCGUGAGGAUUCCCUUUGGCCAAGGAGUAUUAAGCUGAGGACUCUCUUUUACACUCUUAGUAUGUCAAAUCUACAGUGGACACUUGCUGUGAUUAUCACUUUACAAGUACAAGCUCUUAUGGAAUGGAGGUUAAGGGUCAGAGUUUAAGCCUCCAGGAAAAAACUUCACACUCGUACUUGAAUUAGCUGUGCUGUUGUUGCGAAAGCAUGGAAGCUCCUGAUCUUCAUAACGCGGGUAUAAUUGGUAGCUUUAGAAGAGGUAGUUCGUCAUGGAGGAGUGGUGGCGUGGAUGCUUACUCGAGGUCUUUCCAUGAUGAAGAAGAUGAAGAAGCUCUUAAAUGGGCUGCACUUGAAAAACUUCCUACUUUCAACCGGUUGAAGAAAGGUUUACUGACUACAGAGGAAGGCCAGGCCAGUGAAGUCGAUAUACAUGAUCUUAGACAUCAUGAAAAGAAGAGUUUGCUAGAUAGGUUGGUGAAGGUCCCCGAAGAGGACAAUGAGAAGUUCUUGUUGCAGCUCAAGAACCGCUUAGAUAGGGUUGGAAUUGAACUUCCAACAAUUGAAGUCCGAUUUGAGCAUCUAAAGGUAGAAGCAGACGUUCAUGUUGGAAGCAGAGCUCUGCCUACAUUUUUUAACUUCUUUUUUAACAUAUUGGAGGGUGCCUUGAUUAAUCUCCAUAUUCUUCCAAGUAAAAAGAAACAUUUGUCUAUUCUUCAAGAUGUUAGUGGAAUCAUCAAGCCUGGCAGAAUGGCCUUACUAUUAGGCCCCCCAAGUUCUGGGAAGACCACACUCUUACUGGCUUUGGCUGGAAAGCUUGACCCAAAAUUGAAGGUUUCAGGAAGGGUGACUUAUAAUGGCCAUAACAUGCACGAGUUUAUUCCCCAGAGAACUACUGCUUACAUCAGUCAACAUGAUAUCCAUAUUGCAGAAAUGACUGUAAGGGAAACAUUUGCCUUCUCUGGAAGAUGCCAGGGGGUUGGAUGGCGCCACGAGAUGCUAGCAGAGUUGUCUAGAAGAGAGAAGAUAGGCGGUAUUAUGCCUGAUCCAGAUAUCGAUAUCUUCAUGAAGGGAGCAUCAACUGAAGGCCAGAAGACAAGCAUCGUUACAGAUUAUAUUCUAAAGGUAACAUCAGCAUGGAGUGUCAAAGUUCCACAACAGCUUUACCCAAUUUAUCAAUUAUUUGAGGUCACUUCAUUACAGGUUUUGGGAUUGGAAGUGUGCGCAGAUACCAUGGUUGGGGAUCAAAUGUUAAGGGGUAUCUCAGGAGGACAAAAGAAGCGUGUUACAACAGGUGAGAUGCUCGCUGGACUAACCAAUGGCCUGUUUAUGGAUGAGAUAUCUACUGGUUUGGACAGCUCGACAACUUUUCAAAUUGUGAAUUGCCUCAAGCAAAAUAUUCAGAUUCUCCAUGGAACUGCUCUCAUCUCACUCCUUCAGCCACCACCAGAGACUUAUGAUCUUUUUGAUGAUAUUAUUCUCCUCUCCAAUGGCCAGAUUGUGUACCAGGGUCCCCGUGAACAAGUGCUUGAGUUUUUUGAAUCCGUGGGCUUUAAAUGUCCUCAGAGGAAAGGCGUGGCUGACUUUCUUCAAGAAGUGACAUCACAUAAAGAUCAAAAACAGUAUUGGGCACGUGAAAAUGAACCUUACAGUAUUGUCACAGUCGAUGAAUUUGUCAAGGCAUUUCAAUCAUUCCAUGUGGGAAGGGGGAUUCAAGAUGAACUUGCAAUUCCAUUUGACAAGAGCAAGAGCCACCCAGCUGCCUUAACAACUCAAAAGUAUGGUGCUAGAAAAGUGGAACUCCUGCAAGCUUGCUUCUCCAGAGAAUUCUUGCUUAUGAAGAGGAAUGCAUUUGUCUACAUUUUCAAGAUUGCCCAGCUUAUUCUAAUGGCACUGAUUACAUCAACACUUUUUCUGCGAACCGAGAUGCAUCGUGAUUCAAUCAAUGAUGGAGGAAUUUAUACUGGUGCUUUGUACUUCAGUGUGAUUAUGAUUAUGUUUAAUGGAAUGGCAGACCUUCCCAUGACCAUUGAUUGGCUUCCUGUUUAUUACAAGCAGAGGGACCUCCUCUUUUUUCCUCCAUGGGCAUAUGCACUUCCAACAUGGAUCCUUAAGAUCCCUGUUUCAUGUGUGGAAGUCGCUGUGUGGGAAUGCAUUACCUACUAUGCCGUUGGAUUUGACCCAUAUGUAGGAAGAUUUUUUAGGACAUACCUUCUGCUUGUACUUAUUAACCAGAUGGCUUCUGGAUUAUUCCGAUUUAUAGCAGCAGUGGGUAGGAGCAUGGUUGUUGCCAACACAUUUGGUUCAUUUGCACUGCUCGUGCUUUUUGCAUUGGGGGGGUUUGUCCUGUCAAAAGAGGAUAUAAAAAAGUGGUGGAUAUGGGGCUACUGGAUAUCACCCAUGAUGUAUGCACAGAACGCAAUAAUGGCUAAUGAGUUUUAUGGGGAAAGUUGGAACAAAGUUAUUGCAAACUCAACGGAAAAUCUGGGACUAGCAGUUUUGAAGUCCCGUGGGUUCCCCCGACAUCAAUAUUGGUAUUGGAUAGGCGUAGGGGCAAUGAUCGGAUAUAUAUUACUUUUCAACAUCAGUUUCACACUGGCUCUUACUUACCUUAACCCAUAUAGGAAGUCACUUACUAUUAAAGAAGAAGAAAAUCAAAGCACUGAACACAGUGACGGAACAAGAGAAGGUAGUCACUCACUACACAGAAGAAAUAGCUCCGAUCACAAAAUUGACAUAGAGAAUGGUGAUGAGAUUCGAACUGAAAGUUCCUUGUCCAAUUCAACAUCUUUGGUGAAAGACACUGCUGUUGAGGCCAAUAAAAGCAGGCAAAAAGGAAUGAUUCUUCCAUUUAAACCACAUUCCAUCACCUUUGAUGACAUUACAUACUCUGUUGACAUGCCACAGGAAAUGAAGAAUCAAGGUGUCCCUGGGGAUAAAUUGGUGCUUCUGGAAGGUGUGAGUGGCACUUUUAGGCCUGGUGUUCUCACAGCUUUGAUGGGCGUUAGUGGUGCUGGUAAAACUACUCUAAUGGAUGUGCUGGCUGGUAGAAAAACUGGGGGAUAUAUAGAUGGGAACAUUAAAAUUUCUGGGUACCCAAAGAAGCAAGAAACAUUUGCCCGAAUUUCUGGAUACUGUGAGCAAAAUGACAUCCACUCCCCUUGUGUUACUGUCUAUGAGUCCUUGCUCUUCUCAGCUUGGCUUCGUUUAUCGCAAGAAGUUAAUUUUGAAACCAGACAGAUGUUCAUUGAGCAAGUUAUGGAGCUUGUGGAGCUCAAGCCAUUAGAGCGGGCAAUAGUUGGGUUGCCUGGUGUGAGUGGCCUCUCCACUGAGCAGCGCAAGAGGCUAACGAUUGCAGUUGAGCUAGUGGCUAACCCCUCUAUAAUAUUCAUGGAUGAGCCAACAUCAGGGCUAGAUGCAAGAGCUGCAGCAAUUGUAAUGAGAACUGUCAGGAACACAGUAGACACUGGAAGAACAGUUGUCUGCACUAUCCAUCAGCCGAGCAUUGACAUAUUUGAAGCAUUUGAUGAGCUAUUCCUUAUGAAGCGUGGAGGACACGAAGUUUAUGUGGGGCCGCUGGGUCAUCAUUCCCAACAUCUAAUCAAUUAUUUUGAGGGAAUCGAAGGAGUCGAGAGAAUCAAAGAUGGUUAUAACCCGGCAACUUGGAUGUUGGAAACUACCAGUUUAGCUCAAGAAACAGCUUUGGGUGUUGAUUUUACUGAUGUUUACAAAAAUUCAGAACUCUAUAGGAGAAACAAGGCACUUAUCAAAGAACUGAGCACACCUGCUCCUGAAUCAAAGGAUAUCUAUUACCCUACUCAAUACUCUCGUUCAUUUUCCACCCAAUUCAUUGCUUGCUUAUGGAAACAAAAUUGGUCUUAUUAUCGUAACCCACCAUACACAGCCAUAAGAUUCUGCUUUACAACUAUCAUAGCAGUGAUGUUUGGGACAUUGUUCUGGGACCUUGGCUCCAAAAUCUCAAAGCAGCAAGAUCUAUUUAAUGCAAUGGGUUCCAUGUAUGCUGCUGUGCUGUUCCUAGGGAUCCAAAAUAGUUCCUCUGUGCAGCCAGUAGUGGCUGUUGAACGAAUAGUUUUCUAUAGAGAAAAGGCUGCUGGAAUGUAUUCAGCCUUGGCAUAUGCAUUUGCUCAGGUUGUGAUUGAGCUGCCAUAUAUCUUGGCACAAUCAGUUGUGUAUGGUGUCAUUGUUUAUGCAAUGAUUGGAUUUCAAUGGACUGUUACCAAAUUCCUUUGGUAUCAAUUUUUGAUGUACUUCACUUUAUUGUACUUCACCUUCUAUGGCAUGAUGACAAUAGCCAUGACACCAACUCAACAAAUUGGUCAAAUUGCUUCCGCUGCGUUUUAUGGAAUAUGGAACCUGUUUUCUGGAUUUGUGAUCCCAAGAACAAGGAUGCCCAUAUGGUGGAGAUGGUACUACUGGCUAUCUCCAGUAUCUUGGACUUUGUAUGGACUUGUUGCAUCACAGUUUGGAGAUUUGACGAAUACGCUCGACACAGGUGAAACAGUGAAAGGUUUUGUGGAGAGUUACAUGGGUUUUAAACAUGACUUUUUGGGAGUGGUUGCGGCUGUUAUUGUUGGAUUUGCAGUGCUAUUUGCAUUUACCUUUGCAUUUUCCAUCCAGAUGUUUAAUUUCCAAAGGCGAUAGGAUUGUCUCUUGGUUACUUGGAAAGAACGUGCACUUGCCUAUGCUUUCACAUGUCUAAUUAAUGUCUUGGCAUAUCAGUUGCACAAAAGUGAAAAAUGCUUUGCAAUAAGCUCUUUCUUUUACUGUUUACUGUGAGCUACUUGGAGCUGGUACUUGAGUGAGGGUUACUUAACCAACUUUUAGCCUUUAGGUCUUCAGUCAAAUUGUUGAUUUGUGUAGUAAAAACUUAUGAAUUUACUAAGAGGCUUGAGAAUGAAAAAUAUGUGGUGUAAUGGAAAUGGACUGUGGUCUUCAAUCUUUGUUGCAAACUAAAUAAUUUUCCGCA